GCCUCCAGGCUUCUUGGGUGUGACGCUACAAGCUUGGCGCACAUGUCGUUCUUCUUGACAGAUCCUCCCAAGCUCUGUCAGGUUGGAUGGGGAACAUCGCUUCACAAAACGACUUGAAAUAAGAAGUUUAGGUGUCUGUAUGGAUUACAAAAUAAUAUAUUACCAGUAUAAGUUAUUUUGUGACGUUCGAUUUCACUUUCCGCAAUAAUUUGAUCACGUGAUUUAUUUAUAUCAAAUAGAAAGCCAGCCAGCCACAUUGGCUAAUUUCCAAGUUCCUGGUGACCAACGGCACUUGCCCGCAGUCAGCAAAUGUACAUUUACACAAUAAUACGGAGAUUCUAUGUCAGAUAUGUUCAACAGCAGGCAUACGUUUAGUCUGGUUUCAUUUCAGUUCAUUACACAAUUUCAACAACCAUAAGGGACUCAAGUAAACACAAAGAAACACCGCCAACUCGAACAGCAAAGUGAGCCCCAGACAGACAGCGCACGAGACCUUCAUCAGCGCGGAGAGGAUGUGGUCGUGCUGACAGCGGAGCUCGUGCUGGAACGGACAGAUGCGGGUCAGAAUGAGAAGUUGAGAACCAAGCGGCUUCCAAGGACGCGGAAUGUAGUGGCUGCUAGCUAAGAGCUGUUGCCUGGACGGUCUUGAGCUCCAGCUGGGGAGACUCCAGCCAGUGGUAACCAGGGGCGAUGAGGGUGCGUUUCUCCAGGAAGCUGGGCCUCCUAGCAAAGACCCUGUUCUUGCUGUGGGUGUUGUGGCUGGGUUACCUGCUGGUGGCCCGCUCCUCCUCGUUCCCCUCCCCAGGGGUUGAUGGAGGGGAGGACGGGGGGAGCCGCGCCCUGCAGGUCAGGCAGCUCCUCCCGGUGGAGGAGCAGCUAGGCGAGGGACUGGCCAGGCCUGUGUAUGUGAAGGCACGGGCGGACGCCAACGCGCCCGGGGAGUGGGGUAAGGCGACCCGGCUGAACCUCAGCCCGGAGGAGAAGAAACAGGAGGAGGACAGUGUGGAGAGAUACGCCAUUAAUAUCUACGUCAGCGAUAAGAUCUCCCUGCACCGGCACAUUGAGGACAACCGGAUGAGCGAAUGCCGAGCUAAGAAGUUCGACUACCGCCGUCUGCCGACCACCUCCGUGGUCAUCGCCUUCUACAACGAGGCGUGGUCCACCCUGCUGCGCACAAUCCACAGUGUCCUGGAGACCACGCCCGCCGUCCUGCUCAAGGAGGUCAUCCUGAUUGACGACUUCAGCGACCGAGUCUACCUGAAGGCUCAGCUAGAGCAGUACAUCAGUAACUGGGAGCGCGUUCGCCUCAUCCGCACCAACAAGAGGGAGGGUCUGGUCAGGGCGCGUCUCAUCGGUGCCACCUACGCCACGGGGGAUGUACUGACCUUCCUGGACUGUCACUGCGAGUGUGUCCCGGGCUGGAUCGAGCCGCUCCUGGAGAGGAUUGGGGAGAACGAGAGCACCAUCGUGUGUCCGGUGAUUGACACCAUCGACUGGAACUCGUUCGAGUACUACAUGCAAACGGACGAGCCCAUGAUCGGAGGCUUCGACUGGAGGCUGACCUUCCAGUGGCAUGCCAUCCCCGACGUCGAACGCCAGAGACGCAAGUCCCGCAUCGAACCCAUCAAGUCUCCUACCAUGGCCGGGGGGCUGUUUGCCGUGAGCAAAGCCUACUUUGAGUACCUGGGCACCUAUGAUAUGGGCAUGGAGGUGUGGGGAGGGGAGAACCUGGAGCUGUCCUUCAGGGUGUGGCAGUGCGGCGGUUCCCUGGAGAUCCACCCCUGCUCCCACGUGGGCCACGUCUUCCCCAAGAAGGCCCCCUACGCCAGGCCAAAGUUCCUCCAGAACACGGUCCGGGCUGCGGAGGUCUGGAUGGACAAUUACAAAGAUCACUUCUACAACAGGAACCCUCCGGCCAGGAAGCAAUCAUAUGGGGACAUCUCAGACCGGGUGCUGCUGAGAGACAGACUGAAGUGUAAAAGCUUUGACUGGUACCUGAAGAACGUCUACCCUGACCUUCAUGUACCAGAGGACCGGGAGGGCUGGCACGGAGCGGUGCGUAGUUCUGGGAUCCUCUCGGACUGCCUGGACUACAACGCCCCGGAGCACAAUCCCACGGGAGCGCACAUCUCUCUCUUCGGUUGCCACGGGCAGGGCGGCAACCAGUACUUUGAGUACACAUCCAGGAAGGAGAUUCGCUACAACUCCGUGACGGAGCUGUGUGCAGAGGUCCCAGAGGGACAGGUGUACGUCGGGAUGAAGCAGUGCUCCAACAACAGAACCCCACCGCCCCGCACCGUUGUCUGGGAGUUCAGAGACGACGGGACCAUUUACCACCCCCACUCCGGCAUGUGUGUGACCUCCUACCGAAACGCGGAGGGACGCUCGGACGUCGAGAUGAGGAGAUGCGCUCCCGGGGACAAGCACCAGCGCUGGAAGUUCGAGAGUGGAAGGAACUAGCCUGACCCCGAGUGACCUUUGACCUAAGUGCAAUGACAUUUUGAUAUGGACAUUUGAGGGUGUUUGUUUUUAAGGGGCCCGGUGUGGCCUCUCUGCACACUACCUGCCCUGUGGGAACACCUGACAAGACUUCUUCAUUCCAAGUGCCUUUUCGAACCACAACAAUGCCAAUAUUUCCGGGGUUUUUUGUUAGUGUUGUCUAGCUCUCCUGUCAAAGUGAGGCAGGCAGCGUAGCGAUUGGAGAGGCUGGCCAGCAAAUGGAGGUUUUGCCGAUGUGAAAUAAUAUCGUAGAUGAUGUCGCCUGCUAUUCUGCCCUUGAGCAAGGCACUUAAUCCUCUGCAACAACUACUCUACAGGCACCUGUCGUUUCAGCCCCCAGCUUCCACUUUCCACAACGGUAUUUAUACAGUGUGCCUUUCUGGAAGGGUGGGGCAAUGCGCGAAUGCUAACACACGGAUGCACUACAGCAAGCAGUGUUCAACUCUUACCCUACGAGGUCUGCAGCCGGAUGGUUUUCUGUUCUACCUCAUCAUUAAUUGCACCCACCUGGUGUCCAAGGUCGAAAUAAAUACCUGGUUAGAGGGUUGCAAUGAAAUAAUGGGAUGGAAUUUGGCUUUGAGGUCCAGAGUUAAGUUUGAGGCCACUAGAGAAUAUUUCUGUGAAUCAAAUUUUGGCACUGGUUUUCCUCGUUGUUUUCGAAAGGUAGACUCUCAUCUAAUGAUUUUGUCAUGUGUCUGAAAUGCAGAAAUAAAAGUUUACAAAAUGACUAGUUUAGGGUCAAUUAGAGGUUUGUUACUCCGAGAUCAUUCCAAAUGCUGUGGGUUUGUACUGUAAGCCAUGUGAAAACGUGUGCAUGCCCUGUCUUGUUGAGUAAGUGAUCUUGAGUUAAGUGAGUCCUGUCAUGCUUGUAGGCUAAUGUGUCAUACUCUUCUCUAUUUGUCUCAUUUUGGAGACAGUGUUGAAAACCUGAUGAAAAUUGGGCUGUUUGAACAAAGCUUAAAAAAAAUUAAGCGUUUACUAAGUGUAAUUUGCCAUUGCCUGAGGCCGCUGUGUAGUCCGACAUGGCUGUCCUGGAGUCUCCACUGUAGUAUGAACUUGAAAUAUUUUCUGGACAGGCCUAUUUACAGCAUCUGCUCUUUUCCUCAAAAGGGACAUUGUAGUUGAUCCCCCAAAGUUUAUUUAUUUUUUUUUUCCAGAUUUUGUUUUACAGAGAAAUCUGGUUCAGAUUAUGCUGAAUCAUUCCUUGCUGUUGACUAAAAUGCUCCAAAGCAUAACAUCCUAUUCUGAGUUGUCUUUGCACUCAUUAACUGGCAAUUUCUUACUAUCAGAAGGCAGCUGAAUGAAUUUGUACUCUGAUGGAACAGAAUAUAUAUUUAUAUAAAAACUGCUUGUGGGAUCAACUACAGGCACAGAAAGAGUACAAAAAUAUUGCCACAUGUCAAGUUUAGAAAUGUUUUCCUGAUUUUUGUUUUGUUUUGUUCUCGAAAUAGAUUUGUUACCUUGCCAGAUCUUAAAGCAUAAACACGAUAAUUGAACUUUCAUCGCAAUAUUCUACUUUCACCGUUGAGAGAUCUCGUUACUGUCAACUUCUAAAGGGGGCUGAUUGUCAAACUUUUGCUCCACAGCAUUUCCAUAACUAGCUUUUGCCUAUUCCUUCUGCAUUGCUAUCUUUGUAUGACAGAUUUGCGUCGUCAUUUUUAAUUAUUCCAAAAUCACACCAGCAUUCCAUUAUUUCUGUGCUAAACCCAAAGUACAUUUUACAGUUCACUCCAUUUGAGGUUCACGCACCGAUUUAUUUUAAACACUUUACACAUUGAAUUAUUUUUUAUUAAAAUCUGCUGUAGCACCGAAUAUCGAUGCAGUCUUUUUAAUGGUCCUUUCGCAUAGCGAUUAAAUAUUUGUGAUCAGAAUGACUCCACCUUCAUAUGAAUCGAUUACUUCUCUUUUGUUCUUAUGUAGUUUCUUUCUAAGUGAUACUUCCUGGAAUAAAGGGAUCUCAAAUGGUGGAUGUGAAUAGUAACUGCUCUUCUGAUUAUUAAGCACAUUAGAUUUUGGUGACUUGUACCAUUGUGAAGAAUCAAAGUGUUAAAGUUGGUCUUUUGGGGGAUUGUUGUAGAUAAAUCAAUGCAUUGUAAUCAAUGACCAUUAAAAUCAAGUGUCGAAAGGUU